UUGAAGUGAACUGGUGGCUUUGAUAGUAUGUGACUAGUUUUCUUACAAAAUCUGACAUAUUUAAUUCUGAAAAAUUGUUGAAUUCGAGAAAAAAUUGGUUUGUUUGUACAUAAAUAUAUUUUUUAUUUAUUUUCAACGCCCUUAUUGUAAAUAUCAAAAGAAGAGAUAGAAAGCAUGUCUAAUAAAUUGCAUAUCAGUUACAAUCAAAUCCAUGAAUCUAUCCGUGAGUCUGUAGAUCGUUUUCAUAUCAAUGAAGACUUCAAACCCGAUCUUAUGAUUGCUAUUGGCGGUGGUGGUUUCAUCCCUGCUCGUAUCCUUCGUACCUUUCUCAAGAAGACAAGCCGAGGUAAUAUCCCCAUUCAAGCUAUUGGCCUCUCUCUUUAUGAAGAGUUAGCCAAUGCUAAUGGCGAAGAAAAGCCCGGUACCCAAGUCCAAAAGACUCAAUGGCUUAAUUUUGGUGCUUCUCAUUCUGAGAUUUCUCUCUUGGGCCGCCGUAUCUUGAUUGUUGAUGAAGUCGAUGAUACUCGUACUACUUUAGCAUUUGCUGUCGAAGAACUCCAAAAGGAUAUUGAAGCUGAAGAAAUUCGUAAAGGUAUGAAGCCCGGUGAAUCAAACACUGUCUUGGGCAUCUUUGUUCUUCAUAACAAGCUCAAGCCCAAGAAGCGUGAUUUACCUGAGGAAAUUAAAAAGAAUUAUUUUGCUGCUGUUGAGAUGCCUGAUCAAUGGUUGGUUUAUCCUUGGGAUGCCCAUGAUAUUGAGACUCAUACUGAGUUAGCUAACAACCACCAAUAACUGAUUAUCAAUUUUUUUUUCUUCUGUCUUUCUUCCCUCUCUCCUCUUUUUUUUUUUUCUGUAUUUAUAGACUUCUUAAUGUACAUACUCUUCAAAGUUUUUGAGG